AUGCAAUUCACCACCGCUACCAUUGCCGCUUUUGCCGCCACUGCCUUCGCCGUCCCCGCAGUCGUCGAACGCCAGGCCGGUCUCUGCUCCUCGGGCACCCCAGUCUGUUGUGCAACCGACGUCCUCCAACUUGCCAACCUCGACUGUGCUCCUCCUGCCAUCACCCCGACCGCCAUCAACGAGUUCAUCGACACUUGCGCCGAGGGCGGCCAGCAGGCCAAGUGCUGCUUGAUUCCCAUCCUCGGACAGGCUCUGAUUUGCUCCGACGUCAAUCCUACUGCUGAGGCUCCCGCCACGGCUGCUGCUGCUUAG